AAGGAAUAUGUGCCGUUGAAUUGUAUUCCGCCGGCCAAAGACUCAGUUUGGCUGAGAUCUCUGAUUGCUGGUUCAGAGGAGGAGCAUUUCAUUAUUCCCUGUACUGGAAAAACAAAGAGAGGUUACAAUGCAACGUGUGUUUGCUUUGCACAGGAGGAUAUUGAUCUUAUGGCGAAGAUGAACUUCGAUGCCUACCUAUUUUCAAUUUCAUGGUCCAGAAUAUUCCCAAGAAUCACACCAUAUCCAAAUCUCAAUCACUAUGACCUUCCUCAAGCGCUUCAGGAUAGAUACAACGGGUGGCUUGGCCGUGGAGUAAAAAGAUUUUUCCGAUUACGCCGAGUUCUGUUUCAAAACAUUUGGGGACAGAGGCAGACGUUUAACGAGCCUAGAGUGGUGGCUGCCCUCGGAUAUGAUAACGGGUUUUUCGCACUCGGAAGAUGCUCUAAAGCCUUUGGAAACUCACUAAGGGAAAUUCAGCCAUUGAGCCUUAUAUCGUUGCCCAUAAUCUCAUUUUAUGUCAUGCAGCCGCUGCUCAGAGAUAUCGUGACAAAUAUC